AUGAAAGGAGCGAACAAAACGACAGAUUCUAAGUAAUAAGUGAAAGAAUGAUCGAGGAGAGAUAAAGAAAAAUGAACGAUCUCUGUGGAGGGGAGAGGAGGAGAAGCGUUGGGGAGAGACGUUGGAGGAAGAGACGAGCCGACAGGGAAGAAGAGGUGGGGAACGCCUUCAAUUAAUUAAUCGCUCGGCCCCAAGUUUGCCAAACGACCUGCUCCGACGGCGACCAGCAAGGAACCUACUUUUUCGACAGCCUUAAAUCAAUGCUGAUCAUCUAAAGCCUGCGUCUGGACUUUUAUUUGCCUUCAAGAGUCCAAUCCGUUGGCUCGGACUCUCCACGUUCAACCCACCAUUCCACCGGUCUCUCCCCCAAGUGCUUCUCUCCGCCAUCGUUAUUCGCUGUUCGCCUAUCAUUCGCCAUCCCUGUAUCUAUCGCCAUGGCUGCAACUGCCAUUCGUGACAUCGUCUCCGACCCCUCCUUGCUGCCCGUCUUGAACUCUGCUGCCGAGACUUGGGAUCUGUGCCAGAAGCUGCUGUCGCUGUUGGACCCUUCGCUCGACCGCGACCAGAUUACCGAGUCGCCACAGACGGUUCAAAAGCACCUCUUUGCGCUCCUCGCCCAGCUCCGAGGCCAGAGUCGAAAUGCCAUCUUCCGAGUUCGAGAUACCAAACAACGGACGGCAGAGGCCCGACAGGAGAUCGACCGGUUACAUUUGCAGCUUCAGAACCUGUAUUAUGAGCAGCGUCAUUUGACCGGAGAAAUCGCCGCUUGCGAGUCCUACGACCACAAAUACCGAUCGCUCCCUUUGAUACCAGUAGAGGAGUUUCUCGAGCUUCACCCAGAGCAUCGCGAGUCGAACGAGCACGAACUAAUGGUGGCGCGGAUAAACCACGAACAUGCGGAGCGCGAGAAACUUGAACAAGCGCGACAGGAGCUGCUCAAACGCAAGCAAGCCUUGAUUACGGAGAAUAACAAGCGGAAGGAUGACCUCGCCAGCCUUGAUCAGGAUCUCGAGAGAUUCAUUGAUGCUGCGAAACCAAUCCAGAAGCUUUUUGAAAAGGAAUAUUAGCAUUUAUGCAUGGAUGGCGUUGGUAUGUUGGUUUGUUCGGUUCAUUGCAGACCUCGGCGCGACGGUUUGAUACCCAAUAUUAUUCAGAUGCUGCAGUCAAAGUACACUACUAUAUAGAACUAUAGAAAUCUUACUCAGAUAGUUCAAAUGAGACUUUUAUGUCAGCGAAAUCAAU